AUGAUAAGUCCAUGUCUCUGCCUUCCCUCCAAAAUUUCACCACCACCAAUCAAAUUCUCCUCCUCCCCUUCCCGCCGUAGAACCUCACCACAACCACGCCCUUACACUCUGAAACACCCAAACUUCGAAUCCCUUAAACACGAAAUAAUUCGUCAAUUAGAUGUCGGGCAUCUAAACCAUGCAUUUUCAACUCUCGAUCUUAUGACCCAACAGGGAAUACAACCAGACUUAAUCACAUACUCUGUUUUACUCAAAUCUUGUAUUCGAUCUCGCGAUUUCAAUCGCGGGAAGAAAAUACAUUCUUUAAUGGUGGAAUCAGAAAUUGAUUUCGACAAUGUUGUUUUGAAUUCACUCAUCAGUUUAUACUCAAAAUGUGGUGAUAUCAAAACAGCGAAAUCGUUGUUCGAAGGAAUGGGGAGGAAGAGAGAUUUAGUUUCAUGGAGUGCUAUGAUUUCUUGUUUUGCUCAUAAUGGUUUUGAAUAUGAAGCUGUGGAUACAUUUUAUGAAAUGCUUGAAAAUGGGGAGUAUUAUCCGAAUGAGUUUUGCUUCUCCGGGGUGAUUCGUGCGUGUUCGAAACCUGGGUUUGGUUGGAUUGGGGAGGUGAUUCAUGGGUUUGUGUUGAAAACUGGAUAUUUUGAUGCUGAUUUAUGUGUGGGGUGUGCUUUGAUUGAUAUGUAUGUGAAGAGCGAAGCGGAUUUAGUUUCUGCGAGGAGAGUGUUUGAUGAAAUGCCUCUGAGAAAUGUUGUUGCUUGGACUCAAAUGAUUACUAGAUAUACACAAUGUGGGUUUGGUAGAGAAGCAGUUGGGUUGUUUGUUGAUAUGAUAUCGAGUGAAUUUGAUCCUGAUAUGUUUACGCUUAGUAAUAUUAUUUCUGCUUCAGCUGAAUUAGGGUGUGUUCAGUUGGGACAACAGUUGCAUUCUAGAGCGAUACGAGGUGGAUUGGUGAUGGAUGUUUGUGUUGGAUGUAGCCUUGUUGAUAUGUAUGCGAAAUGUUCAAAAGAUGGUUCUAUGGAUGACUCGAGAAAGGUUUUUGAUAGAAUGGGGUACCAUAAUGUCAUGUCCUGGACAGCGGUAAUUACUGGAUAUGUGCUAUCUGGUGGGAAUGAUUUUGAAGCGCUUAAGCUUUUUUGUGAUAUGAUUCAAGGACAAGUUAAACCGAAUCAUUUUACGUUUUCUAGCGUUCUUAAAGCUUGUGCAAAUCUCGCGGACUUGAAUACGGGGAAACAGGUUUACUCUCAAGUAGUUAAAUUAGGUCUUGCAUCGGUUAAUUGUGUGGGUAACUCAGUUAUCAGUAUGUAUUCUAAAUCCGGUUCCAUGGAAGAAGCGCGAAAGGCUUUUGAUAUUCUGUUUGAGAAGAAUCUUGUUUCUUAUAACACACUCAUUGAUGGGUACGCAAAGACGUUUGAUGCAGAUGAAGCUUUCCGCCUUGUAAAUCAAAUUGAGGAUACCGGGAUUGGCCUCAGUUCUUUCACAUUUGCAAGUUUGCUUAGUGGAGCUGCAAGUAUUGGAUCUAUUGCCAAGGGUGAGAAAAUCCAUGGUCAAUUGCUAAAAGCAGGAUUUAGUUCAGAACAGUGCAUUAAUAACGCUUUGAUCUCAAUGUAUUCUCGGUGUGGAAACAUCGAAUCUGCCUCCAAAGUUUUCAGCAAGAUGGACGAUAAAAAUGUAAUUUCCUGGACUGCAAUGAUCACAGGGUUUGCAAAACAUGGAUUUGCAAAGAAAGCUCUGGAAACAUUUCAUGAUAUGAUUCUAUCAGGUAUAAGACCAAAUGAAGUCACAUAUGUUGCAGUUUUGUCUGCUUGUAGUCAUGUUGGUUUAGUUGCAGAAGGAUGGGAACACUUCAAAUCGAUGGCAAGAGAACACGGAAUUGUUCCAAGAAUGGAGCAUUAUGCCUGCAUGGUUGAUCUUCUUGGCCGGUCAGGUCUUCUCGAAGAAGCUCUAGAUUUCAUCCACAAAAUGCCAUUUCAGGCAGAUUCGCUGGUCUGGCGGACUUUGCUGGGGGCUUCAAGAAUUCGUGAAAAUAUGGAGAUUGGCAAGUUGGCGGCUAUGCAAAUUUUAAAGCUGGAGCCAAAUGAUCCAGCGGCAUACAUUUUGCUCUCUAACUUAUAUGCUUCAACAGGAAAAUGGGAUCAUGUUAUGGAAAUCCGGAAGAACAUGAAAGAAAAGAAUCUGACUAAAGAAGCAGGUUGUAGUUGGAUAGAGACUGAAAAUAAUGUACACAGAUUCUAUGUGGGAGACACUUCACACCCACGAGCCGAGGAGAUUUAUGCAGAGUUGGAUGCUUUAUGUUGCAAGAUAAAGAAGUUAGGGUAUGUUCCAAACACAGAUUUUGUUCUGCACGACGUAGAGGAGGAACAAAAAGAGCAGUACCUGUUUCAACACAGUGAGAAAAUAGCCUUAGCUUUUGGUCUCAUAAGCACUUCUAAAUCAAAGCCUAUUCGGAUUUUUAAGAACCUAAGAGUCUGUGGGGAUUGUCAUACGGCCAUGAAAUUUGCAUCGGUCGCUUCUGACAGAGAAAUUGUAGUGAGGGACUCGAAUAGGUUUCACCAUAUCAAGGAUGGUAAAUGUUCUUGCAAUGACUACUGGUGAUCUUUAUCAAAACACUGGUCAAAAAAAGUGGUUCUUGAAUUUAAAGAAGACAAGCUUCAUCUGUAAAUUUAUUUCAAAUUUGUUUACAGCAUUUUACAAAUA